AUGCGAUUAAGAUUUAUCGAUCGUUUAAUCGCGCGAUUGAGACCUGCUCGAAAGAUAGAAAUAAACUCAGAAACAACUACGAAUCAGAUUGGUUCCAUCGUCAUUCUCAAGAAAUUGUUGAGCUUUGGAAAUACUGCGGAUUACGUUAUGAUACUUGUCGGCAUUUUGGCGGCAGUUAUCUAUGCUAUUGGCCAUGUGUUUUUUGUUUUUAUUUUUGGUGAAUUAGUCGGUUUAUUUGUCGAACGCAUAUCGUCAGCUCAAUGUACAGAUUCCAACACAACUAUUUGCCAGUACAAUAAUACGUCGCCUAGUCUCUGUUUGACGUCUAACGUCUCGAACACGACUUCAAUUGAUAAUUCGAUAAAUAGAGCAUCGUUCUACAAUAAUGUGCAUACAAAUGUCAUCCAACUAGUUGUUAUUGGAUUGAUUCAAAUCUUGGUUUACUACAUUCAAUACGUUUUCUUUGAAUUGACUUCCUGUCGAUUGGCAAAUCGUAUUAGAGUAGAACUAUUCAAAGCCACGCUCACCCGGGAAGUAUCAUACUUUGAUGUUACCGAAACGUCGAUCUCCAACUUGUUCGAAAACGUUGCUGUUGUACAGUCAGGCAUUGGUUGGAAGAGUGCAGCUAUCUUUUCUGGUUUUAUCUUUGUUAUCAGCAGUUUUAUUCUCGCAUUAGUCGUCGAUUGGAAAUUGACUUUAGUUGUUUGCAUCGCAGAACCACUCAGUGUGGGCGCAGCAUUCGUUUUAUCAAAGUUAACGGCUCAGGCGACUCUUUCCGAAAUCAAAUCGUAUGGGCAGGCAGCAACGGUUGCUGAGGAAGUGUUUAGCGGUAUUCGAACAGUCAUUGCUUUUAAUGCACAGAACAACGAACAGAUGCGUUACGAAUCGAAGUUGAAACAUAAUGUCAAGUAUGCACUCCGAAAAGGAUUUCUCUAUGGUUGUUAUGUUGGAGUGUUGGCAACAUUCGUUUACUGGACGAGUGCACUUGGCUAUCUAGCUGGAACGUGGCUUAAAAUAACAGGAAGACAUCCAUCAUUGAGCAUUCGUCAGAUUGUUGUGGUUGUUACGUCUAUAACCGAAGGUAUGCAGUUUCUUGGCUAUCUGGCGCCAAGCAUGAAAACAUUUCUCGAUGCAUGUACAAUUGCUCUACCAAUCAUGGAUUUUCUUGAAGAAAGCAAAGUUUGUGAAGAAGCACAGGCAAGAAUACGUUCCGUACCAGUUGCUCAAGCAAUUCACAAGAGUACAUUAACUUGUCCGGAUGGUGAACCCACGGUUGAAAUCGUUUUUGACAAUGUUUCCUUUGCGUACCCAAGCGGUGAGGAGCGGUUGGCUUUGAAUAAAGUUUCAUUUCGAAUUAAAGCGAACCAAACUGUCGCAUUUGUCGGUAGCUCAGGCAGUGGCAAAAGCACUUGUAUUCAACUUUUACUUCGUUUCUACGAUCCACUCGACGGGCAAAUUCGGAUCAAUGGCCAUCCGAUCAACACCUUUGAUCGAAAAGCUCUACGUCAAAAUAUUGGUCUUGUUAGUCAAGAGCCGGUUCUUUUUGCAACAACAAUUCGAAAUAAUAUCGGAUACGGAAAGGAGAAUGCCACUUUUGAGGAGAUUGUCGAAGCUGCUAAACAAGCCAAUGCUCAUCCUUUUAUCGAUAUACUUCCUCAAGGAUAUGAAACAGUCAUUGGUGAUCAAGGUGUGCAACUCAGUGGUGGUCAGCGACAACGGAUUGCGUUGGCACGGGCUCUCAUCCGACAACCAAGCUUGCUUUUACUGGACGAAGCAACAAGUGCACUUGAUUCAUCCAGUGAAAAGAUCGUACAAGAAACCAUCGAGCAAACUACUAACGGCCGAACGACUAUCAUCGUUGCGCAUCGUCUUUCAACUAUUCGCUAUGCGGAUUGGAUCAUAGUUAUGAAAGACGGGUCAAUUGUUGAACAGGGUUCACAUGACGAUCUUUUCGCAGCGAGGAAUUUUUAUUAUCAAUCGGCGAUAAAACAGCAGGUGAAUUUAACACCUUGUGAAGACUUGACGUCAACGGAUUUAGACAACGUUUCUAUGAAAGACAUCAGCACACACGAACAAGAGGUAAUAACUGAUGAAGAGAACAAUGAUAAACAAAUGAUGGAUGAAGUACAUCAGUCUUCGCAAGGUUCAUUGGGUUGUUUGAUUAAACUAUUUAAGUUAAAUGCUUCUGAAUGGCCUUACUUGAUCGUUAUUUGUCUAUCUGGUAUCGUUGCUGGUGGAUUUUAUCCAUCGUUUGCGUAUAUUCUUGCAGAAACGAUCAGUGCAUUUCAACAAUGUGAUCCAUCCGCGCAAAUGAAUAAAGUAAUUCAAUUCACACGUAUUAUGUUUCUUUUGGGUAUUGGAGUGAAUUUGACCAAAAUUGUUCACUAUGUUUGUCUGGCCGUGUCUGGAGCCCGCUUAACAGAUCGGUUGCGAAUGAAAUCAUUUGCAUACAUAUUACGACAAGAGGUGGCAUGGUUUGAUAAAAGUGAAAAUAAUACGGGCUCUCUCUGUGCACGUCUUUCAGCAGAUGCAAUGGCUGUUCAAUCGUUGACAAAUGUUCGUCUGGGAUUACUUAUUGAAUCUUUAUCGUUAUUGUUGGUUGCGCUGAUUAUUGGACUGAUAUUUUCUUGGCAAUUGACUUUGAUGGUCUUUGGUUUGAUUCUAUUCGAACUGACUGGUGCGAUCAUCGACGUUCGAAGAAAGAGUCGCCUACAGACAAAGAUUGAUAGUUUCUUAUCUGAUUGUAAUGCGUUGAUCACGCAAACUGUACGGAAUAUCCGGACCGUUUUUCAACUGACCAGAGAAGAACAUUUGUUGGAUCAAUUUCAAAAUGUUAUCGAUCGAAGUUAUAAAAUAAUUAAACCGAGUGUAUUCAAAGGUGGUGUAGCGUUUGCAUUCUCAUUCCCGAUAGCGACAUUGAUCUUGCCUUGUCUUGGUGAGCUGGCCGUUGUUCUCCUGGACGAAGGUCUUAUUGACCAUCAGCGCAUCGUUUUAUUAUUCGCUUUCGUACCAUUUUCAUUUGAUGUCAUACAAACAUCGGCAAUGAUUUCAACCGAAUUGGGUGGAACAACAGCGGCCGCGAGGCGUUUGAAUCAAUUGUUUGAACGUAUUCCCCUGAUUGAUAAUAUGUCUACAGAAGGUCAACAAAUUAAGGAUUUCUCUGGAGCCAUUCAAUUCGAUCGAGUAACUUUUGCUUAUCCGACACGCAGUUCAGUCAAUGUGCUGCAUAAUUUUCAAUUAACAGUACGAGCCGGUAUGAGGGUAGCAAUUGUUGGCUCGAGUGGUUGUGGUAAAUCGACUCUGGCACAAUUACUUGAACGAUUCUAUGACUGUAAUCGAGGACGUGUAUUGCUCGAUGGCCAUAAUGUGCGAUCCUUAAAACUGGGAUGGUUACGAGCACAAAUUGGUCUUGUUAACCAGGAACCAAAUCUCAUACUAGGUCUCACUGUGGCCGAAAACAUCUCAUAUGGUUGCCUGAUAAACACAUAUACUCAUGAAGACGUUGUCGAUGCAGCUAAACGAGCACAUUGUCAUACUUUUAUAGAAAUAUUACCACAGGGUUAUGACACACCCGUAGGAUUGAAUGGGAGCUCGUAUUUAUCCGGUGGUCAGAAACAGCGUAUUGCUAUUGCACGAGCCCUUUUUCGUAAACCAAAAAUUCUAUUGCUUGACGAGGCGACUAGCGCACUCGAUGUACACAAUGAACAGCUGGUCGAAGAAUCGUUGAAUGCUGCAAGACAAGAUGAUGCAUCUCGAACAGUGAUGAUUAUUGCUCAUCGACUUUCUACGAUCCAGUCGUGUGAUGUUAUUUGUGUCCUUGGUCCUAACGGACGUCUCUUGGAGUCUGGCACACACAGAGAAUUAAUAGUGCGUAACAGUGCAUAUCGAAAACUCGUACUUGACCAUAUGUGA